AUGGGCCUCUCCUUCGGCAGAGCCGACCUGGGAGUCGGAGCCGUGAUCCCGCUGCACUACCACCCCCGAGCAUCCGAGCUCUCCUUCAUCAUGGAAGGAGUCGUGGAACUUGGGUUUGUCGACUCGAGCAACGUCCUGUUUGCCCAGACCCUCCAGCAGGGAGACGUGAUGAUCGUUCCCAAAGGCAUGCUUCACUACCUAUACAAUCCUGGCACCAGCAGAGCCACCGUGCUGGCUUCCUUCGGCAGCCAGAGUCCCGGUAUCUUCCCCGCUGGCCUCGGUGUCUUUGGCUCUGGGAUUCGAGACGAAGUUAUCGCGGCCUCCCUCGGGGGACUGGACCACGCCACGGUUGAAGCGCUGAAAGCUAAGUUCAAGCCUCGGUCUUGA